GUGGGACGAGGUGUAUUUGUUAUAAAACAAAACCGCAAUGGAGAAUCCCGAUGUGUCGGGAGACAAUGCAAAUGGGGUGAAACAGAAACUUGGGAAUGUGAUGCACUCUAAACAGGUGCACGUCAUAUCGAUGUGUCUGCUCGUGUUAGACGCCAUCUUUGUUCUGUUACUGCUUUUUGUGGACCUUGACGUUAUUCCCGUGUCAGGUGAUGGCGAAAACCAUUCCAAAAAAGAAGAAGUCGAAAACGGCCUUCACUAUACCGGGCUAACAAUACUGUCAUUGUUUAUGUUAGAGAUAAUGCUGAAGAUUAUUGCCGAUGGCUCGAGCUUUUUCAAGAAGAAACUGGAGGUUUUUGAUGCGGCAGUUGUUCUGGUGUCAUUUGUAUUAGAUAUUGCCUUAUCUCUGUCACGUGUCAGUUCCUUAGUGAGAGACAUCGUCAUUCUGAUGAUCCUUCUCAGGCUGUGGAGGUUCUUUAAACUCUUAGUCAAUGUGAACAUUUUUGUAAGGAAAGACAUUCAGAACCAGAUAGAGGCGGAGAGGGAACUUCGUACUCAGGCGGAGAAGGAGCGAGAUGUUGCGCUUGAAAAACUCAAACAGGCAGAAGAACAGUGUCAGCGACCUGUAGUUAUUGUCGGGGACGACAAAAAUGAACCGACUUGAGAAAUAAAUAAUAUAUUCAAAUGCCAUCUCACUAUAACAAUUACGCCAGGAAGAACGACAUCAACGUAUGCUACUGUAGGCUAGAAAAUACCAAGAAGUUUAUGUUUGUCAUGGUUUUGUGUCUUCGCCGUAUUGUUUCAGAUGAUGCCAUACUUAUUAAUAAUGGAAUUUCCCGGUCCAUAAAACCACAUAUUCACCGAAAUGAAAGUCCUUAAUUGUUAAAUUAGAUGCCAAAUAAUGUGUGAAUUGUUCAAAAUGUUAGAACUUAUGAAAAUUGUCCGGAGGAAUAUACUUUACAUCUGGCAGUGAAUAAUUGCCUUCUGUUUCUAAAAACAGUAUCACAAAUCACCGGCCACCACAUGCUUAUGAUUCAAUCAAUGAGGGGAUAGGGUAAAUGUGAGUUAUUUAAUAUAGAACAUUGUAAUAUAAUGUUCAUGGGUCAUAAGGGGAAUAAACAUCUGUAGUGGCCAUUGUACUGUGGUUGGAAUGAGUACCAUAAGAAAUAGGUAUGUGACUCACAACAACCCCUGAGGGUCAUAUGAAGACGGUUGUCUAGGGAACACCGCCGUAAAGGAAGGGAGAAGUGAAAUAAAGGAAACAGGUAGAUAUUAAAUGUUGCAUUGGGUGCAGCAGUUUAGUUUUGACAAACCCCGAUUAUUGAGGCCUCUUACGAUAACAUGCUAUGCCCGAACCAGUACGGGGUCAUUGCCUGUGUGUGUGUGUACGUUCUAACCUUGACGAUCAAUUCAAAUACUUUAUAAUUAAUAUACAGUGAGUGCCAUCAUUUUCAAGUUAAGUGCAGUCUAUACAAUCAAUAAUUGGAUUGGUGCAUUAUUUCAUGGGAAUAAGACCAACCUUGUAACAUAAAAAAAAAAUCUUCUAGGUUUAUCACAAUGGAGUACUUUAGCUUGGCUUGAGAACCAUAUAAGCAUACAGGUUUAAAACAAGACGUCCAGAAGUUUAUGCUUGUGUAAUAA